AUGAAAUCCAACAACGAGAACUCGGAAUUCCUCAACACGAGCACCUCUCUUGAACAUAACAUCACCUUCUUUGACAUGGGAUGGUUGCAACAUAUUGAACACAUUCUCACUUCACAACAACAACAAUAUUUCAAAACUCCACUCAUUCAUGAAAAGGAUCGACUCGAUCUGUUAAAAUGUAAACAAGUCUUUCUCUCGAGCUCGAACAUCAUUGAUGAUUCCGAAUCACCUCUCUUAGUGGAAUGUAUUAAAAAAUAUCAAAAAUUUCAAUUCGACAAUAAGAACCACCAACCGUAUGCACAACUUGGUUUUUCAGAAAAAUUCAAAGUCUUGAGUGCCUGUACGCAUCAAUAUUUAGUGAGUGUAAAGGGAUUGAAUUGUAUCCAUGCACGUUUAUUACAACAUUCCACAGAUUUCGAUCAUUCCGAUUCAAGGAAAUGGUUUCAAGAAAAUUCCAAACAAGAGGACAGCAUGAUGAACAACAAGUCGUCUUUUCAUCGUUUCAAAUUUGGUUAUGCUUGUUUUGAUGACCAACCAGAGAAGGAAUAUAAUUCUCACCAUCCUCGACAACAGCAACAACCAUCCACACCUCACAAUUCCAUUCAGGAACAAGAUAUUACACAGUGUUAUACAUGUCAAGUCAUUCCCUAUUUUACCUAUUGUCCAUACCUUCAUGAUCUUUUUCGUAAUGAAGAUGAUAAUUAUGCCAUUGCUCCUCUCUUUAUUAUUCGAUUGAAAAUGAUAAAGAAAUCAGAAUUGAAUGUCAAGAAUGAUGAUGACUACUCUCUCUUCCCUUUCCUCCAAUCACCCUUAGAGAGAAAACACACAAAAUCAGAAGAUUCGCUCUAUUUGAAAAUGGAAUAUCCUCAUUACUCAACCACCAUGAGUGUAUUAGAACGUGAACUACUCUUUUCACGUUCUUCGAAAUCUUCAUUUGAGUUUUGGAAUUGCAUGUAUGAAAAUUUACAAUCCUCAUUUUUAUCCAAACAUGGGAAACAUGCCAUGAAAUCAUCCUUCAACUCUGUUUACACUCCCUCAUUGGCUUCCCAAUUUGAAAAUGUACAAUUAUUAUUAAGAUCGCAACAAUUAGAUGCCAAGUUGAAAAUUGCAGGUGAGACUUUUCAAGUAGCACUUGAAGAUGAUAAUACAUUCUAUUUCAACUCUAAAUUUUAUGGACAAUUGAGUGGAAGAAAACCUCAUCCAUAUAUGGUUCUUGUCGAUGAUGAAACAGACAAGAAAGUUCAACAAGUGAAGUGCUUUUUGCAACGACCAGAAUUUUUAUUAACACUUCGAAUCAAUUAUGAUUUGAAUCAAGGACCUUUAUUUAUUUCUACCAAAUUGGCACAUCAAAUCAUUUCUCAUUUAGGAAGUCAUGAGGACAUCAAGCUUGAUGAAUAUGACCAAAAUUCACCUUUGACAUCACCUUCUCCUCCUUCCUACUUUAGAAUUGAAUGGAAUAACACAUUGGGUUAUUUAUUAACCUCUAAUGAGAAUGUCAAUCAUGAUUCUGUCAAACACACAUUUCUACUUGAAUCUCAACACGUGGAAACUCACCACUCGUAUCAUUAUCCCAUUCAUAUACUUGAUUAUUCUCAAGGAAGUGAUCAAGAUGCAGAAGCUAAUGUGAAUUUAUUACACAUGUUUAAUGGAUGCGAUCAACGAGGAGAAUUAGCACCAAUUUUUGAGAAACUCAUGGUUCGUCAUGUUGAAGAAACUAUGAAUUCAUAUUUAUGUGAAAAUAUUAAUGAUGAUCAACAACAAAGAAAAUUACUCAUCCGACAAUAUUUGAAAGAUGGAGAUUUUGCAGCAUUGAAUUUAUUGGGAAGUUAUCAUGACUCUAUUACUUCAUUUCUUGUUGGUCCAUUUCGUUCCAAAUUAUUGAACAUGAAAAUGAGAAUUCCAAAUUCAAGAAGAUUGUAUGGUGUUGUGGAUCCUUAUGGUGUGUUGAAAUCAAACGAAAUAUUCAUUCAAAUUUCAAACAAGAAUGGAACGAUGAAAACUCUCAUUGAGAAUGAAGUGAUCAUUACCAAAGAACCAUGUUUUCAUCGAGGAGAUUUGAGAAGAUUGAAAACUCUCAAUUCUCAACAAUUGAAUCAAAAUGAAUCAUUGAAACAACUUUUACAUUUGACCAAUGUCAUUGUAUUUCCUGCAUCAUGUAGCGACAGCACUUGUAUGAGCCUCAACAAGUAUUUCAUAUGUUGGGAUCAGGAAAUUGUAAAAGCAUGUGAGCCAUUCCCAGAUGAAAGUAAUAAUGUCAUUGAUUCAUCUUUGGAGAAUAUGAGAUAUAGAGCCACAACAGAUCCAGAAAUUCAACAGUUUUGGAUUCCUUUUCGAGAUGCUUUUGCAGAUGUUUUUGAUUCCAAAUGGACCUCUCAAGAAAUAUUCUCUUCAGUGAUGGCGAAUAUUCCUCCAUUGAGAAUGCAUGAGAAUUCUUCAAAAUUUAGAGAAAGAGGACGAAAUGUUGACCAUUCAUUCUCUUCUCAAUCCAGUCAUGAGAGUCUACUGAAAGAGUUUCCUGGAUUUCCUCAUUAUUACAUUCCUCAUGAUUUAAAUUUUUCAUGUUCUGUAUUUUCCAAGUUACCAACUCGACACAGUGUAUCUCUGUUAGGUCGAAUGUAUGACAACAUGAUCAAGAUCGUGAGUGAACGAUUGAAUCUACCUCAAUUAUUUGAAAAUGCAAGUUCAUUACUCGAUGAUCGUCGAUUGAUUCAAACUCUUUGGUAUUUGGAAUUGUAUAGAGGUCAAUCGUUACAACUAUUUUUGAAAGAACAAAUGAAGGAAUGGUUUCAUAACAAUCAUACAACAACAUUGAGACAUGCUCGAAUGAUGAGUGAAUUUUUAGAUUUGUUCUGGACAGUGUUACCUUAUUGGGAUCACCAUGAAGAAGAGAAUUCUAAUCAUGAGAAUUAUGUUUUUAGGUUAAUUGUCAUUUCAGAAAAUAUUGAAAAUUGUCUUUCCAAUCCACUCACUUAUCCUCAGAUUUUGGAUCCAUUAUGUGAAAUCUUUCAACAACCAUGUGCAUUCCUUGUGGAUUCUCUAUUUUUUAAACCUGAUGAGAGAGAUUGGGUACUUGAAAAGACCUUAUUGAAUACAGACCAUUUGAAAUGCCUUGUAUACAAGACUUAUUCAAAACUUGCUUUGAGAGAGCUGUUUUAUCAUCAAGUGUCAAAUCUCCAAUUGAAGGUUUGUGGAAAUUAG